GAAAAAACUACAACUCCCGGCUGGUGUAGGGGCGCGUCGCUUCGCCCGAGUUGCUCAAUCUGACUGUAGUUCGCUCGACUGUAAAAAUCCCUUCUAAUGAUUCAGUUCGUGAAUAAAUAAAAAGAGUUGGGUGUUAUGGCGGAAUCUGCAGCGUGUCCCGCUUUCCAGCUCGGGAGACCCCGCUAUGAUCAGACUUCAUUCCUUGGACGUCUGAGACACUUUGUUGACAUCAUUGAUCCCAGCACCCUGUUUGUCUCAGAGAAAAAGUUAAAAGAAUGCAUCAAACUCCUUGAUGACUACAAACACAACACACUUCCUCCUGGAGUGUCUGCAGAUCAGUUGUGGGAAGCCCAGAAGAUUAAACAGGCCAUCAUUCACCCUGAUACAGGAGAGAAGAUCUUCAUGCCAUUUCGAAUGUCAGGUUAUGUGCCAUUUGGAACACCAAUUGUCAUUGGCCUUCUCCUCCCAAAUCAGACUGUGAUGUCUACCAUUAUCUGGCAGUGGCUGAACCAGAGUCACAAUGCCUGCGUGAACUAUGCCAACCGGAAUGCCACAAAGCCUACUCCUACAUCUAAGUUUCUUGAAGGUUAUGUUGGAGCUGUGACCAGUGCUGUCUCUAUUGCAGUGGGACUGAAUGUGCUGAUUCAGAAGGCCAACAAGCUGAGCCCUGGCACCAGAAUGAUCAUCCAGAGAUUUGUCCCCUUCCCAGCUGUAGCAAGUGCAAACAUCUGUAACGUAGCCCUGAUGAGACACAACGAGCUGUCUGAAGGUAUUGAUGUUCUGGACAACAACGGCAGCGUGGUGGGAUCCUCCAAAAUCGCUGCUCGACAUGCAAUAAUGGAGACCGCCUUCACACGUGUGGUCCUUCCUAUGCCAAUAUUCGUGCUGCCACCCAUCAUCAUGUCCUAUCUCGAAAGGCUGCGAUUCCUGCAGAGAAACCGCAGACUUCUGCUGCCCAUCCACAGCGUUGUAUGCCUGGUUACGUUCGGCCUCUCGCUGCCCGUGGCCAUCAGCCUCUUCCCUCAGAUGUCUCAGAUUGAGGUAUCUCGCCUUGAGCCGGAGAUUGCCAUGGCAACGGAUUGCAAAGUGUUGACCUACAACAAAGGUUUAUGAUGAAGAUGGGACACAAACUGAGGCUGCUUUAUGAAUGACUGUAACUGCAACCCUCCUGCAGGGUUUUCUGGGUAUCUGACACAUAACUAUUAUUAGAGUUGUAUUUACCCAACAUUCCUAGACCUGUUCUCAUACAGAACAUGCUGCAUUCACUGAGCCACGGUGAAUCCUCUGGACAGCCCAGAGAUUGUUGCCUUUACUACACCUGUCCAGGAAACUCUCAAUUUUUACUAGAACAUCAGUUUUUAUCAAUAAUGUGUUUCUGAUAUUUACAGAAUAUUGUUUUCUGGACUUUCUGUAGCACAAUCAACCUAAAUGGUGAUCCAUUAAAUUCUGAUUAUGAGAUCGUUUAAAUACAUCUUUCCUGGACUGCUUUUGAGUCUGAUAUGUAUUGCGUUUUUCCUCACGUUUCUUCAUAUUUGUUUGUCCCCAAGUGUUGAGCUCUGGCAGCUGGUGUUAUGUUUGUUUUUCUAUCAGAUUUUCACUGCGAACAGCUGCCUGUGAAGCAACAGAAGGAAAGUCUGUGAAUUGGGAUGGAAACAGCAGGAUGAAAGAGGUUAUUGAGUUUUUGUAGAGCAGAGGGCAGCUGCACAGUGUGGGGAUUCUUCCCUGUGCAUUAAUAUUACUGAAGGCACCUCUCAAAAUACACUUUCUGAACAGUGCCCUGCACAUUUAUAGGCACCCUAGUAGAAAUGUAUAAAUGCCUCAGAUUAAAUCUCUUUUAUUGCAGCAGCAUA